CAAAACUAUUGGGUGAUCAGUAGGCUAUUCUAGAAGACCUUUACCAUACAGACAGACUAGACGUUGGAGCUCUCGACCACUCAACGGUGUUACCAUCAGAAAGGUGUAAUAAAUUAGUUUUAAGGAUUAUUAUAAAGUAGUUGCAACGGUAAACGAACUGAAAAUGGGGAGAAAGAGGACAAGGGAAAUCAUAAUUCUCAGAGGACUCCCCGGAUCAGGGAAGACAGCUCUGGCAAGAUGUCGACUACAAUGCAAUACUUAAGGAAUUUUAAGUAGAAAACAACUCCUUGGCCUACAUUAGAACACCACCACAGAAGCUUCACGAUUGGCAUCUUCCCAAUUAAUAGUAUCUUGGAGACGUAUGGUUCUGGAAAAGCCUUCAGCACAGACGACUACUUCAGGGUGGACGGGAAGAUGGUUGGGUUCCGUGAUACAUCCCUGAACAAAGCUCAUGUAUGGAACCGCAACAGAGUUCUUCUAGCCAUCAAAAAUAAAGUCCAUCCGAUCGUAAUUGACAACACCAAUCUGCAGAAAUGGGAGAUGUGGCCUUAUGUCCGAAUGGCAUUUCGCCGUGGCUACUGGAUCGAGUUUCAGGACCUCCCUGUCCUUCCAUUAGAGAUUCUCAACAGAUGGUGUCCUAAGAUCCCCAUGGAGGUGUUAGAGAGGAUGAACGAAGGAUAUGAGCCCGUGAAGAAAAUAUGGGAUGUCAUCUAUGACUAUGGGUCCAAAGUCAGGUGGAUGCCCAGCUCAGAGAGACUGCAGAACCACUGGUGAUCAGGAGACCAAUACAAUGCUUUUGUGUUGUGUGUGUGUGCGUGUGUGUGUUGUGUGUUGUGUGUUGUGUGUGUGUGUGUUGUGUGUGUGUGUGUGUUGUGUGUGUGUGUGUGUGUGUGUGUUGUGUGCGUGCGUGCGUGUGCGUGUGUGUGUGUGUGUGUAUUUGUGGAGUGGUUGGUGCUUCUAUUCUUACGGUGACCUAAAAAUCCCUGAAUGUCCCCACAAGGAUAGUAACACAGGGAAAAAUACAUUUCCCACAAUCCCCAUGAGGACAAUGGCUAUGUUAAGCAUAGAGGUUAGGUUAAUGGUUAGAAUUAUGGUAACAGUAAGGGGUUAGUGGUUAGGCUUACGGCUAGGGUUAGGUUUAGGGUUUGGUAUGGGUUAAGGUUAAGCUUAGGGUUAAGGGAAAUGUUAGGUUUAGAGUAAGGGGUUAGUGGUUAGGCUUACGGCUAGGGUUAGGUUUAGGGUUUGGUAUGGGUUAAGGUUAAGGUUAGGGUUAAGGGAAAUGUUAGGUUUAGGGUAAG